AUGGCGACUGCAAGCCUUUCCCAGACGGGAUAUCCAGAAGCCAGGGCACUCUGCCCCGUGAAACAGGCACAGAUCGCGCUGCCCACCGAGGUGGUGGAGUAUCGUGUGCUGCAGCGCUGCAUAGUGAAGCGGCCGGGAUCAAGUCCUACGGGCCCGAAAACACUAAAGCUGACACGACCUGUUGGCUCCGUGAUGUUCACCACUGGUCGCACCUGGACGGGGCCAAAAGGCGGAGAGUGGGUGGAGCUCGACAGCUUGGUGGAAAAGCCGGGAUGGCUUUUGGUGGAAGGCCCGGGCUUCGGCAUCCCUGGGCCUUUGCUGCAGCGAGUGAGGCCGGAAGAGGCUCCGCCCCUGAUUCUACGUGUCGCAAAGCCGGUGGAGAUCGGCUGUGCCCGGGAAGAGGAGCGGGAAAUGCGGGAGAUCGUCGUCAGUCCUACUGCGAGUGUCCGAGAUGCAAAGGAAUGGAUCGCCCUGAUCUUCGGGUUGUCGGACCCCCGUAGGAUCAUCGUGGGAAAGCCGACGGAUGCCAGAGCUCGUGCUGCUGUGACGGGCGCCGGAUUUCACAUCAAGUCUUGCGAUGGGCUGCUGGACGACGAAACAUCCAUUGCUGAUGCUGGUUUCUCGGACAGCGAUGAACUUUGCUACGUCUACACGGGGGACCUGGAGAAGAGCUACGAGGGGAAGGAGCCGGAAUGGGUUGGGAAGCUCGGCGUCGCGGCGAAACCCAAGGCCGCCCAGCUACCGAACUCCCAGCGGACCGAUGAUUUUGCCGAGCUCGCUGUCCAUUUCGAGGUUCUCCAGCUUGCUCCCUCCACUGCGAGGGACCAGAUCAAGCGGCAGUACCGGUUGUUGGCCUUGGAAUGCCAUCCUGACAAACAUCCGGAUGAUGCGGAGGCGGCCACACGACGCUUUCAGGAGGUGAAAUCAGCUUUUGAAGCCAUCCGGGACGCACUUCAUCUUUGA